AUGACAUCACAACACUAUUUAGCAACUUUCCUUGCACAUGUUUGUAUUCAGUUUUACACGGGAAGCAUAGUCGAGGAAUCCAAGAAGUGUCCGUCAUGAACAUUUUGCAGAUAUUUUACGAGUGGAUCGACAUCAAAGCUGUUUUUAUAUUUUCGUGUGUGUUUUUAUUGCUGAGUGAUUAUAUCAGAAAUAAAGCACCGAAGAACUUUCCUCCUGGACCUUGGUCUUUGCCGUUUAUAGGAGACCUUCAUCAUAUCGAAAAUGGUAGGAUUCAUCUUCAGUUAUCUCAGUUUGCAGAAAAAUACGGCAAGAUUUUCAGUCUUAGAAUUCUCGGGUCAAGAAUCGUUGUGUUGGAUGGAUAUAAACUCGUGAAGGAGGUGUAUUUACAACAGGAUGACAGCCUUGCUGGUCGACCUAUGUUACCUAUAUUUUAUGACAUUGUCGGAGACAAAGGUUUAGUUGCUGCCAAAGGCUAUAAAUGGAAGCAACAGAGAAGAUUUGCUCUCUCAACCCUUCGGAACUUCGGAUUGGGAAAGAAAAGCCUGGAGCUGUCCAUCAGUCUUGAAUGUCGCUUUCUGAAUGAGGCCGUUUCAAAUGAACAAGGUCGACCAUUUGACCCUCGCUCACUGCUGAGCAAUGCUGUCUCAAACGUGAUCUGCGUGCUUGUGUUUGGUCAUCGAUUUGAGUACAGUGACAAUGGCUUUCAGUCUCUCUUGAAGAACAUCAAUGAAGCUGUGUAUCUGCAAGGAGGCAUCUGUGCUCAGCUGUAUAACAUGCUUCCACGACUCAUGCGGCAAGUGCCUGGACCACAUCAGAGAAUUUUUACUCUGUGGCGUGAGGUGAUUGACUUUGUUCGAGAGAAGGUGAAUGCACACAGAGUGGAUUAUGAUCCAUCAAAUCCUCGAGACUACAUUGACUGCUUCCUUGGAGAGAUGGAAAAAGUUAAAGAUGACACAGAUGCUGGAUUUGAUGUGGAAAACUUGUGCUUCUGUACUCUGGAUCUGUUUGGAGCGGGAACUGAGACCACCUCCACCACUCUGUACUGGGGUCUUCUCUACAUGGUAAAAUAUUCUAAGAUACAGGCCAAAGUUCAGGAGGAGAUUGAUCAUGUUGUGGGAGGGUCACGGCAGCCAUCUUUAUCAGACAGAGACAACAUGCCCUACACCAAUGCUGUCAUUCAUGAGAUACAGAGAAUCGGAAAUAUUAUCCCAAUGAAUGUGCCCCGGGUUACUGUGGAAGAUAUUCAGAUAGGAAAAUACUCCAUUCCCAAGGGCACAAUAGUGACCGGCAAUUUGACAUCAGUGCUGUUUGAUGAGUCCGAGUGGGAGACGCCUCACUGUUUCAACCCGGGUCACUUCCUGGAUGCAGAAGGCCAAUUUAGGAGACGAGAUGCCUUUUUACCUUUUUCUCUAGGAAAGAGAGUGUGUCUUGGAGAGCAACUGGCACGGAUGGAGCUGUUCCUCUUCUUCUCCUCUCUGCUGCAGCGCUUCACUUUCUCUUCACCAGUGGGUGUGGAGCCCAGCUUGGAUUUUAAACUGGGGGCCACUCACUCUCCCCAACCAUAUGAAUUAUGUGCAGUCCCACGCUAAAACAAGCAAUGCAUAGAUAAUUUAAUGCAUUUCAGUAAUUAAAAGAAACAAAACAAAUGUUUGUAAAAAAAGAACCCAAAAUGUGUGGGUCUGUGUGCAAACAUGCAUUUAAUCUUAUUAAUUGUUUGUUUGAAUGUAGACUGGCAUUUGGUUAGCUGGUUAUUUGGUGAUUUUAAUAAUACUACAAUAUUUACAAAUAAAUACACUAGAAAAAAAUACCAUGAGUAUAAGUCAUAAAGGGGAACAAAAUCUAAAUCUUUAAAAAGUAAAAAAAAAAAAUGUCAGUUGUAUCAAAUUUAAGGUUAAAAAGG